CCAGCGGUCCGAAGCCACAGCAGAGAUGGGAUCACUGAUGGGAAUCUCUGCUCUCCAGCUCCUGCUGGUGGCUUUUUCUUGUUUGACGUCUCAGUCGAGUGCAUUUCCUUUGAAAGUUUUGUCCGCCCCCAACUUGUUGCGAGUCGGUACAACAGAAAGCAUAUUUGUGGAAAUUCAAGACUGCGAAUCCGAAGCAGAUGUUUUUGUUGAUAUUGCUGCAAGGAGUUUUCCAACAAAAGCAAAACAAUUAGCAUCGACACGCGUGAGGCUUACAAAAGCAGGAAACUUCCAGAAUAUGGGAAGAAUAACGAUCCCUGCUGAUGAGUUUGAAAUUGACUCGAAAAGAAAGCAGUACGUUUACCUUCAAGCAGACUUUGGCGACCAUUUGCUGGAGAAAGUUGUGCUGGUUUCUUUUGAGCCUGGCUACAUUUUCAUCCAGACUGACAAAACUAUCUACACCCCUAGUAGCAAUGUCAACUACAGAUUGUUUGCAAUCAGGCCUGGCAUGGAACCAGUGGAGAGAGCGUCCCAAUCCGAAGCUGAUGCUGUGAUUAACAUUCAGAUUGUGACCCCUGAUGGCGCCAUUUUACAAUCUGACUUAUUUGUGAUGAAUUCACAAAUACACUCUGGAACGUAUAAACUCGGUGAACUUGUAAGCCCAGGAAUCUGGAAGGUGAUUGCAAAGUUCAGCUCCGGCACGCAGAGCUUUGUGUCAGAGUUUGAGGUUAAAGAAUACGUGCUUCCAAGUUUUGAGGUGGAAGUGAAUCCUUUGGAGCCCUGCUUCUAUGUGGACAGCGAAGAACUCAAAUUCACCAUUGAAGCUACGUACACGUUUGGUAAAAAAGUGGAUGGGUCAGCCUAUGUUGUUUUUGGAGUUGUGCACGAAAAUCAGAAAAAAAGCAUUCCUGAUUCUCUCCAGAGAAUUUUGAUCACUGAAGGCCAAGGAGAGGCCAAAAUAACAAGGGAGAACAUCAACACUAUCAAAAAUGUGAAAAGCCUGGUUGGGGAAACUAUAUUUAUAAAAGCCAGUGUACUGACAGAGAAUGGUGGCGAAUUGGUGGAAGUGGAGUUGGGAGGCAUCAAGAUUGUCACAUCGCCUUACAUCAUCAGCUUUAAGAAAACGCCCAAAUAUUUCAAACCAGGAGUAUCGUUUGAUGUAACAAUUGAAGUUUUAAAUCCUGAUGAGAGUCCGGCGAAAGGUGUGACUGUGGUAGUUGAUCCUGGGCCAGUUGAGGGUUUAACUGGAGCCAAUGGCUUAGCGAGACUUACCAUCAAUACAGUGGCAAACUUCGGUCCCCUACUUAUUACAGCAAGGACAAGUGUUUCUCAAAUCCCUCCUAGAAGACCAGCAUCAGUCAGCAUGACGGCCUACCCAUAUCAAAAAGAAAGCGACAAUUACAUCCACAUAGGUCUGGACACGACAUUCGUGAAAUUGGGAACAAACAUGAAGUUUAAUCUUUAUUUUAAAGGCCAGGAUAGACAUUGUGACAUCACAUACCUCGUCUUCAGCAGAGGCCAGUUGGUCCAGCAUAAACGAUACAGGAGAGAAAGUCAGUCACUGAUCACAAUGAUUCUUCCAAUUACCAAAGAGAUGCUGCCAUCCUUCCGCCUUGUUGCCUACUACCAUCCAAACCCCCAGGAAGUGGUAUCUGACUCUGUUUGGGUGGAUGUGGAAGACACCUGCAUGGGAUCGUUGACGUUAAGCUCAAACAAAAAAAACUACUUGCCUCGAGAAAAAGGCAUGCUUGAGCUUACAGUCACAGGAGAUCCAGGGGCAAAAGUGGGUCUGGUUGCAGUUGACAAAGGGGUCUAUAUUCUAAACAAUAAGUACCGUCUGACACAGAAAAAGAUUUGGGAUGUGGUUGAGCAGUAUGACACAGGCUGCAGUCCAGGUGGUGGGAGCAAUAGCAUUAAUGUGUUCCAUGAUGCUGGGCUGUUAUUUAAGACCAACACAGCUUUUGAGACACCCCACAGAGCAGAUUUAAAAUGUGAGUCUCAUCACCUGCAGAAACGAGCUGCCACCAUUUCAGAAGUCAUAACCAAACUGGCGAACACAUAUAAUGAAACUGAAAAGCUGAAAAGAGAGUGCUGUCUGGAUGGUAUGAAGGACAUCCCUGUUGCAUACACAUGCGAGAGGCGGAGCAAUUACAUUUUGGACGGCCCAGAUUGUGUUACAGCUUUCUUGCGCUGUUGUAAUGAGAUGCAAAAAGAGCAAGCUAAGCGAAGAGAAGAAAUACUUCAUUUGGCCCGUAGUGAGGUGGAUGAUUAUUACAUGAGCAACAAAAUAACAACACGGAGCAACUUCCCUGAAAGCUGGCUUUGGUAUGAUAUCACCUUACCUGGAUGCCCUCGGGAAAAUCCACACUGUGUCAGCACAAACGUUCGGAAAAAAUAUGCCUUGCCUGACUCUAUCACCACAUGGCAGCUGACUGGAAUUAGUUUGUCGAACACUCACGGUAUCUGUGUGGCAGAGCCAUUAGAGGUCAUUGUCAAAAAAACUUUCUUCAUUGACCUCAGGCUACCGUACUCUGCUGUCCACGGAGAGCAACUUGAAAUUAAAGCAAUUUUACAUAACUACAAUGAUGAAUCCUACAGUGUACGUGUGGACCUCCUUGAAGAAACAGAUGUGUGCAGCGCAGCCUUUAAGCAGCGAAGGUUUCGGCAGGUGGUUAGAGUCGGGGCCGAAACUACACAUGCUGUACCAUUCAUUAUUAUUCCAAUGAAGGAAGGGGAAGUCAAAGUUACGGUCAAAGCAGCUAUUAUAGAUUCAGAGACGAGCCUCUCGGAUGGAAUUGAGAGAAAACUACGUGUUGUGCCGAGAGGUGUAUUGAAAAAAUCCAUUAGAAAUGUGCUACUUGCCCCUGCCGAGAAAGGUGUUGGUGGCAGACAAGACGAAACUAUAAAUAGUGAGAUUCCUCAAACAGAGUUUCUUCCAAACACACCUUUGACUACACAAAUCUUUGUCACAGGACGGGAACAGAUGAGUUCACUACUGGAGAAUGCUAUUAGUGGAAAGUCCAUGGGAACACUGAUCAGUGCACCGGGAGGCUGUGGAGAGCAGAACAUGAUCACCAUGACCCUGCCGGUCAUUGCUACAUUAUAUCUAGACAAAACCAACCAAUGGGAAGAUGUAGGCUUUCAGAAACGAGAGGAAGCUCUCCAACACAUCAGAACUGGUUACACAAAUGAAAUUGCUUACCGUAAAGAAGAUGGCGGAUUUGCUGUAUUUCGUGAUCGUCCAAGUGGUACUUGGUUGACUGCCUAUGUUGCCAAGAUCUUUGCUAUCGCCCAUGGUCUUGUGGAAGUGGACAAAAAUGUCAUCUGCAAGGCUAUUAAAUUUCUUAUUCUCAAAGCAAAGAACCCUGAAGGAAUGUAUAAGGAGGUUGGCUAUAUGAUCCAUUUUGAAAUGAUUGGUGAUGUGGCUGGUAGCGAUUCAGAUGCCUCCAUGACGGCUUUUUGCCUGAUUGCCAUGCAAGAGUCGCGAUCACUAUGUUCUGACAUUCAUCAUCUGAAUGACAUUAUUGGCCAAUCAGUAACUUACCUGCAACGUCGUCUUCCCCAACUAACCAACCCCUAUGCUGUUGCAAUAACGUCAUAUGCUUUGGCGAAUGAAAAUAAGCUGAACAAAGAUAUUCUCUACCAGUUUGCUGCUCCAGACAAAUCCCACUGGCCUUCAUCCACAACCCAUGGAAACACAUUGGAAGCGACUGCGUAUGCUCUUCUUGCCCUUGUCAACAACAGGUCCUUUACAGAGGCUAAACCUAUUGUAAGAUGGCUCAGCCAACAGCAAAAGUCUGAAGGAGGCUAUGGAUCAACGCAGGCUACAAUAAUGGUAUACCAGGCUGUAGCAGAGUACUGGGCAAACGCUGAAGAAUCUAAAUAUGAUCUGAAUGUGGACAUUUCCUUACCAGGCAGGUCAAAUCUUCUUAAGUAUCGUUUCCUCAAGGAAAGUCAUUAUUCAACAAAAUCCAACAAGUUUACAGGCGUAAACAAGGAUGUAAACAUUACAGCCACCGGAACAGGGGAAGCUACUUUGAAGAUGGUAUCAAUCUAUUACGCAAUGCCUAAAGAAGAAGUAAAUGACUGCACAAUGUUCAACCUGACUGUGGAGCUUACAGAAGAAAUGAGCAGUGAUGAGAAGAGAACGUACAAGCUGACGCUAGGAUUUUUUUUUAAGAGCAGAGAACGCAAUGCAACAAUGUCCAUUUUGGAUAUCGGUUUGCCAACUGGGUUCCAUUUUGAUAAAGACGACCUGGACAAAAUGUCAGAAGGACCCUCAAGCCUUUUUUCAAAGUAUGAGUUUGACAAAAUUCUGUCAGAAAAAGGCUCACUUAUCAUCUACCUGGAUAAGGUUUCUAACACAGAGCCAGAGAUGAUCUCUUUCAGGAUCCAUCAGGAGCUCAAAGUGGGUGUGUUGCAGCCAGCCGCUGUGUCGCUCUAUGAAUACUAUGACAGGAAACCUUGUAAAAAAUUCUACCGUCCUGGGAGAGAAAGCGGAGAGCUGCUGAGGCUUUGUCGCGGUCCUGUGUGUACAUGCGCUGAAGAGGACUGCAGCAUGCAGAGAAAGGAGAAAAUCGACAACAAAGAGCGUAUUACGAAGGCUUGUGAAGUUUCACCAACCCACAAAAUAGACUAUGUGUAUAAAGCAAGAGUGGAACGUUUUAAUGUUUCUUGGUCCACUGACAUUUUUACUUUACGAAUAGUGGAAGUAAUCAAGCAAGGAACAGAUAAGACGUCAGAAGGUGAACUUCGUAAGUUCCUCAGCUAUCAUCACUGCAGAGAAGCUCUAGAUCUGACUGUAGGCCAAACCUACCUGAUCAUGGGCUCGUCCAGAGACAUUUACAUCGAUGACCAAAACCAGCAGUUUCAGUAUGUGCUUGGUCAGAACACCUGGAUUGAGUACUGGCCCAGUACAGAAGAGUGCAAAAUGGAGAAAUACCAGCCUACCUGCUCGGGUUUCAAAACGCUGGCUAACUCUACAUGCCAUUAUUGAAAAGUGAAAGCAAGCAGCAAAAUGCGGCCUACCAGCCUCCAUCAGUGUAUGGUGGCGGAGGUGAUGAAGAAGAUGGGGAGUUCAAACAGAAGUCGUCAUCUGUGGUGUAGCAGGUGGCAAUCAGAAACCUCUGUUAAAUAUUUGUCUUUGUUCAUUUUGAUCAGUAUAAAAAUGAUCAUUUCAUACUGCUGUGAUUUAAAAAAAAAAAAAAAAAGUUAGUGAGGAUAUGACUAUAAUACAAUUUCAUGAUAUUUUGCUUUAUGAGAAAGUUAAUUUCAGCUACUGCAUUACAAAUAAAAUGCCAUGAGGAGGAAGCUUCUUAAUUUCCUGUUUUGUGUCAAACCCUUGAUUCCCAUCUCACUCUGUUACCCUGUCCUGUGCCAAACAUGAAAAUGUGCUUUAAGAUAUUUGUCAUAUAACUUUGCAAAGCAUAAUUGCUCUGGUGUUAAAUUAAAUAUAUUGAAUAUAUUUGACAAUUAACUACUGUAAAUCAAAUUAGUGGCUGAGUGUGCCUUAAAAAUGUGAUUUACUGUGCUUACAGACAGACAUUUCUGACUACAUUGAACAUUGAUAGGCAGAAUAAGGCUUGGUAAAUGUUUCUGAAUAAAUAAAUGAAUAAAUCAGUAAAUUAUAUAUAUAUAUAAAGUUGCAUUUUGAAACAUGCUUUUAUCUGAAAUUGAAAUGGUUUACAUCACCCAUUUGUACGCAUGUUUUGAAAGAAAUUAUUUGGAAUGUUGUUGAACUGUCCAAUGCACUGUUGUGGCCUAAAUGACAUUGCUUGACAAAGAAAGCUGGAAUAAAUGACCAACUACAAGAUGAUUGAAAAGUGUGAA